UCUCUGUCUUCAUCAUUUAGCUGAGGGUUCGUUUGUAAUAAAUCGAUGAAGUAGGUGGUUGUUGUGGUUUAGUAAUAAGUAGUAAGAGCCUAAAGCAAAUACAAUCUGCUUCUUCUUGUUGUUUUGUAUACUAAAUCAUCUUUUUAUUCCUGAUCAAAUGUCGCUCUUCCGAAAACAUUUCUACAGAAAAGCUCAGGAUCGACUCGUCGAGAUAUCUGAGCACGUCUAUGCUUUUGACUGUUGUUUCUCAUGCGAUGUUAUGGGAGAUGAUGAGUACAAACUGUACUUGGAUGGCAUCGUAGCGCAGCUACAUGAUCAUUACCCAGAUGCUUCUUUCAUGGUGUGUAACUUCAGAGCUGGGUACCAACGAAGUCGAAUAUCAACACUACUGUCUCAAUACCGCAUGUGGGUAAUGGACUAUCCUAAUCAACAAGGAAGUGUUCCGCUUCUACCUCUCCAAGUGAUUAGUCAAUUUCUAAUAUCAAGUGAAAGCUGGUUAGGUCAACAAAAUGUUAUGUUGAUGCAUUGCGAGAGAGGUAGUUUGCCUCUUCUUGAUUUUAUGUUAUCAGCACUAUUAUUGUACAUAGACCGGUAUCAUGGCGAUCAGAAGACUCUGGAAUUGGCAUAUAACCAGGGUUCUAUGGAACUUCUUCGUCAUGCCUCUUCUCUAAACCCUAGGCCUUCUCAACUAAGAUAUCUUCAGUACAUCUCCACUAGCUCUGAAUGGCCUUCUUCCGAGGCGCCUCUUCUUUUGGAUUGCUUGAUUCUCAAAGGUCUCUCACAUUUUGAAUGGAGAAGAGAUUGGAGACCAAGUUUAAGGGUUUUUGGUCAGGACCCCAAAGCCAGAGCCUGCACCUGCAGGAGUUCCAUUCUUCUCUUUUCCACACCAAAGACAGAUCAUAUGUACCAACAAGAAGAGUGUAUCUUGGUGAUGUUAGAUAUCCAGUGCCGUGUUCAAGGGGAUGUUGUUCUGGAAUUUGUAAACUUGAGUGAUAAUUUGGUAUGUGAAGAGAUGAUCUUUAGGAUCAUGUUCCACACAGCAUUUGUACGUGGUAAUGUUUUAAAGGUCCGACGCACGAUGAUGGAUAUACUUUGGGAUGCCAAGGACGAGUUCCCAAAGGAAUUGGAAGCAGAGGUAAGGUCAUUGUGAAAGUUUAUUUGAUCAUCCACCUCCCCCUAUGCGUGGAGGAAGAGGGCGUUCAGGUUUGGGGUCUUCAUCUAAAAGAAGGUCUUCUGUGAGGCCUAUUCCUUUGCCAUGGGCCUUUAAUAAAAUCUUACGGGAGGAGUUCCAGAGAUAUGGAGGACAAACUGCACCAGAUAAUGUAUCAGAAAUAGAGGCUUUUUCAGAGGAGUUGGAGAAGAUGGAGGCAGUUAAGGAAACGAGAAUGA